UCAAGAUGGCGAAGGACCUGGAUGAGCUCUUGGAUGAAGUCGAGAGCAAGUUUUGCAGACUCGACCCUCAGAGGCCGGGCAAGACCGAGCGGGCCAAAGGCCGCGGCGGCCUCACCAACUUCAGCGACUCCAGCCAAGACCAGACGAGGAAGAAUCUCAGAUCAGCAGAAAAAGAAGAUGACCUUGAUAGUCUUAUUAAUGAAAUAUUUGAAGAACCCAACUUGGAUAGAAAAACCUUUAAAUUAAAAUCUAGAUCUUCAGGUAACACAUCUACCAAAGCCUCUAUUCAAGGCCUCAGUAAAAGUUGCGGACCAGUGUACCUGAGUGGAAGCAGUGUUCCAUGGGGGAUUGGAACGAAUACAUCACAGAGAGCAUGUGACCGUCUGCGUUGUAUAGCUUGUGAUUUCUGGGUAGUGAGCUACAGCGACUAUAUGUGGGACAAAUCAUGUGAUUACCUGUUUUUCAGGAACAACAUGCCGGACUUCCACAAAUUAAAAACAAAACUGGCAACGAAGAAAGGAGCCCGGGCUUAUGCCUGUCAGUGUAGCUGGAGAACUAUUGAAGAACUGACAAACCUGCAGACAGAUCAUCAGCUUCGCUGGGUUUGUGGUAAACAUUAGGAAUACAGACUUUACAUUCGGACAAAUGCAUCAGUAAGAAUAGACUCUUAACUGAUCGCCAUCAUAUUUAGACAGAGGUAUAUACUAAUCCCACGCCUUUGGAAUUUCACUUAACUACACAAUGAACUGGAGGAGACAGACAUACUAUACUAUAACAAUUUAGAAUUAUUCUCGUGUGUGUGCAUGUGUGUGCGUGUGCAUACGUGCGUGCGUGCGUGCGUGCGUGUGUGUGUGUGUGUGU